CUGCGAGGGGAGGCAGAGGGAGAGCGGGAGAGGGAGGCUCCGGGCAGAGGACGGAGCCACCGGCGCCGGGCCGGGGAGAGGACUGGGGCGGCAUGCGGCUCUCGCUGCCCUUUGCGGGCUGAAGCGGGAGCGGCAGUCUUGGGGCGGCACCGGCGGGAAGCAGCAGCCCGAGGAGGAGGAGGACAGCGGCGGGAGCCGAGCGGAGCCUGGUCAAGCCGGAGCUGGACGGGCAGCGGCGGGAUGGGCCGAGCUGGGCGCGCGGGGGACGGGGGGCCGGUCUGCUGGCGGAGGCUGCUGCUGCUCCUGGGGGCCAUGCUGAUCCUAGCCGCCCGCCUGGCCGGGGCCGCGCCGGCCUCCGAGCCCAGCACCGCGGGCGAUGCCCCGCCGGCCGUCGGGGAGCGGGGAGGGCCAGAGACCCAGGAGAGCCGCCGGGAGCGGGCGCUUCGGGCCAACGACACGCGCCGGGAGGAAGGCGCAGGGGAGGACGAGGCAGCGGCCAUAUCUGAGGGGCGUGCGGGACAGGGUGAAGAGGAGGCUGGCCCCUGUUGGGACUGCCCCCCGGGGACCACUGUGAGAGUCGGGGCCCUGUCCGAAGAGGCCCUGCUGGAGGCUUCCGCAGCAGUGACCGGGGCAGCCUGGCCUGAGGCCAUGACUCUGGAGCUGGCCCCUGAGAACCGAGAGGAGGCUGGCAGUGGAGACCCCCAGGCCGGUCGGGCCACCCUCCCUGGCCUUGAGGAGGUGAUCAGACAGACAGAAGUACCACCCUCCGGGGAAAGUUGGGGUCCAGAUGCAGAGCCCGUGGGGGCAAAGGGGCCCCCUUCUCCUACCCUAGGGGGUCACCCCAGCCUUACCCUGCCAGGCUCCGGCCCCAAGCUUCCCGAUGUGGCCCACAAGGAAAACCCCUUGGAGUUGUGGCUGAACCUGGGCAGUAGCCUGCCUGACCCUCAUGUGCCAGCUACUGCCUCUCCACCUCUGGGUACUCCAGAGCCUCAGCCUUCCUCAGAGAUCAUCGACAUUGAUUACUAUGAUAGCUUAGAUUCGGAGAGCAGAGGUGCCGAUGUGGAGAGCUUCCCAGGAUCACCUGACACUUCCCACCAACACCUUCACCCAGGUGAAGAUGCACCAUCCUGGAGCCUGACUGAUCUGUAUGAUGAGUUCACCCCCUUUGAUGAGUCUGACUUCUAUCCCACCACUUCAUUUUAUGAGCUGGAAGAAGAAGAGGAGGAUGAAGAGGAUGAAGCAGCUGUUCAGGACCUAGAAGAUGAAAAUGACCAAGGCCAACCUGGCUUGACACCUAGCGUUGGUCCAGGUAUUUCCCAGCCCACCAGUCGUUGGCAUGCAGUACCUCCACAGCAGACUCUGGGAGUGAUCCCAGACAACAGUAUCACCUUCAGGCCUCGUCCAGGAGAAGUGGGCAAAGAACUGGCACCAAGUGAGAAUGGCACCGUGUGCCGAAGUGGCUUUGUUAGGCACAAUGGCUCCUGCCGGUCAGUAUGUGAUCUCUUCCCAAGCUAUUGCCAUAAUGGAGGCCAGUGCUACCUGGUGGAGAAUUUAGGGGCCUUUUGCAGGUGUAACACACAGGACUACAUCUGGCACAAGGGGAUGCGAUGCGAAUCGAUCAUCACUGAUUUCCAGGUGAUGUGUGUGGCUGUAGGAACAGCUGCCCUUGUGUUGCUCCUACUCUUCAUGAUGACUGUUUUCUUUGCCAAGAAACUCUACCUGCUUAAGACAGAGAACAGCAAACUGCGCAAGACCAACAGAUUCCGGACACCAUCUGAACUCCACAAUGAUAACUUCUCCCUCUCCACCAUUGCCGAGGGAUCUCACCCAAAUGUAAGGAAACUUUGCAACACUCCCCGUACCUCCUCCCCCCAUGCCCGUGCCUUGGCUUACUAUGAUAACGUUAUCUGUCAGGAUGACUCCAACAUAUCCCAUAAAAUGCAGGAUGUUCUGAAGUCCUGCCUAAAAGAGGAGGAGUCAUUUAACAUUCAGAAUUCCAUGUCACCCAAACAUGAGAGUAACAAAGGUGACCAAGAUGACUCGGAAGUGAACUGUCUCCAGAAUAAUUUAACAUGAAGCAAAGGAAUAGGAAGAGGAGAAGGAGAAGAGGAAGGAAAGAAAACUGACCUAUUGUACAGCUCCAUUUCUUGUAACCAUUUGUUAAACUUUUCCUUUUUCCGAUUUCAUGGCAUGCUUUGAUGUAUUUUGUACAGAGGGGGAAAGAGCCCCACAAAAUAUGUGAAGAGCCUAAGCUGAAUUGCGUGCAUCGGGGUGUUUGAACUGUGCUGUCUGUAUAUUGCUUGGGUUAGUUCUGCUGCUGUGAUUUCUAAACCUUUGCUGUUAUUCAACUGACUUUUUUUGUACUUUGAUCCACCUUUUUUUGAAAUACAAGUAAAAGCAAAAAAAGAAAGUUCUUGAAAUAAAACAUUUUUUAAAAGUU